CCCUGCCUGCCCCACCUACAUUUUAAGUGACAGUUAAAAAAAUUAUUAGAGAAAUAUUAAGGCAUACAGUAAAGUUGAGAGAAUUGUGUAAUUAAUUCCAUGUAUCCAGUACUCUCAGCUUCAGUAAUUAGCCGUAUGUUUAGGCAGUUUUCUGACCAGUAAAUAUAAUGCCCUGAGAGCUUCAAUUCUUUAUCUGUAUUCAGCUUUUGUCUUUCAAAUUUUGGUUCUUGAGGCUUUGGACACUGCUAUUGUAUUAAAAGAAGGAUUUGAGUGAUGAAUUUAGUGUUCAAGGGGUCAGUCUCUUUUUCAGCUCUCCACCCUCUCAGGAGAAGCCACUAGUUGUAGGGUGCUAGGUGGAAUUUGGAAGUAUUGCGGCCAAGAGCUGUUUUUCAUAGAACAGAGGACUGUCCCGAUUUCCCUGCCGAAGACCAGAAAAACAAAGCUGGGGAACCGACGGGCAUCAAGUCUGCUCUUACACCACUUCAGUAGUUUUCUGAAUAAGAGCAAAGUUACAGAACAGUUUCCUGGUCACGCUCAUGGAGAGUAUCUCAGUAUUUUCCCCUUCAUUUUCUACGUUCAGGUUGUUUGGGGAUGAGCUGUCAAUCUUUCUGAGUUUCUGGUGCUUGAUAUUGACUGGCUUCUAACCACUUUCCUCGCCCAGAGCUUGCAGAGCACUCCCCUUAGGGCCUCUUGGGAAAAAGAGAAAAACUGCUGAUUCGCAAAAAAGAGGGAACGUUGAACCGGAAUUGCGCUUGCCUAGUUUUGUGCCUUGAAAAGCUAGAGUACCGGGGAAUGGUCCGCAUAUGCCCCUCGCUGGUUCUCGCUAUAGAAAUCUUGGCGUCUCCGGGGAAUUAAGAAAGUGCAGGAGAGACUUAAAGUCGCAGGGGAGAGGCUGAGCAUCCAACACGGAACGCACCAUAGCACUUGGUUUGGGGGUUCCUGUUUCCUUAAGCCUAGAAGGCAGAGUGGUUCACGAUCGUGGCCCCGCCUCCCAGCGUGUCGGCCCGGCGGUUCCUCUCGGAAUUCCGCCGUCUCUGCCGGCACUGUAGGGAGUCAGUGGGCCCAACCGCCCGGGACCCGAUGCUCGACUCUCAAAAUAGUCCCUGAGAGACGCCCAGCCGAGCUCAGCCCCAGUUUUAAGCCGUCUUCAGGUAGAGUUUGUAGACGUUAAGACUGCGGCGGUCAGGGCGUUGUCCUAGGAAACGCGGUUUAAGGGAAGGUGUGUUAGUUUCUCCGAGCAUCUCUUUGCCGCGCCCUGCGCUCGCUGCCGGGGCGUGGGGCGAGUUCCCGGUGGGCCGGGAACGGAGACGGCUCUUCGCGGAGCCCGGAGGUUUUCCUCGCCUCUGCACCCCUAGGCGGCGCUGCGCUCCUCCGCUCCCGCCGGCUCGGCUUUCCCAGACGGCUGCCGAACCUCCAGUCUAGCAAGCCUUGCUCUCAGCCGGCCGGUCCCGGGCAAUUACGGCAUUCGGAAGGCGAACGUCGGCUGUCUCUGCACCUUUAGCGGGCAGCGGCGGCCGACCGGCCCUCGGUUUUUUUUCCUUUUACCACGGCUCGCACUCUCCGGGAGUCCGGAGCAUGGUCCCGGGUCACCGCUGGUGGAGCGGGGACGCCGAGAGGGAGGGGGAUGGGGGGCUGGAGGGUGGCGGUUCUAUGUUUGUGGGUUUCCUGCGGCUCUGUAGCGGGACAGCUGGAAUACUCAGUGUCGGAGGAGACCGAACGGGGCGUAGCCGUAGGCAAUGUUGCCCAGGACUUGAGGCUGUCAGCGGCCUCUCUGUCCUUGCGGAACUUUCGCUUCCUUUCCAGCCGCGGCGAGACUUACUUCGGGGUUGAUCUGGCCAGCGGAAGCUUGGUGGUCAGAGAGCCGGCGGACCGCGAACGGCUGUGCGGGGCCAAAGCUGCCUGCGUCCUGAUCUAUGAGCUUGUGCUCGAGGACCCGCUAGAGCUGCACAAGGUCCAUGUUCACGUCCUGGACAUCAACGACAACUCGCCUCACUUCCCUGCCGGCGACGUGCAGUUCCACAUUCCCGAGUUCCUUAUGCCCGGAGCCCGCUUUACUCUGCCUAAUGCAGAAGAUGCCGACGAGGGAAGCAACGGGUUGCUAAGCUACAGCCUGAGCCCCAGCCGACACUUUAGCCUGGACAUGGGUUCGCGGGUCGACGGCAGCGAAUUCCCAGAGCUGGUGUUGGAGAAAGCGUUGGAUCGGGAGCAGCGUGCCACGCAUCGGCUAGUACUCACCGCUCGGGACGGCGGGCUGCCAGCGCGCUCCGGUGAGGUACAAAUCACCAUCGUCGUGGUGGACACAAACGACAAUGCACCUGUAUUUGAGCGCUCAGUAUACCGCACCAAGGUGCCAAAGACUGCACCCCGUGGGACUGUGUUAUUCCGAGUGAAAGCCUCGGACCCGGAUGAAGGCUCCAAUGGGGAAAUCCGGUAUUGCUUAAGCAACAGCACGCAAGCCAAGCUGCGACAUCACUUCCACGUGCACCCUAGAAAUGGGGAAGUGCGGGCCGCUGCUUCACUGGGUCCUCCCGAAACGCUGUUGGAGGCGUACAUUGAGGCAAGGGAUGAGGGUGCCUUCAGUCUAGCCAGCACCGCUAAACUGCUGGUGGAGGUGACUGACGUGAACGAUCACGCCCCUGAGGUGAACCUUCUCACUCUCUCCAGUCCCGUUUCCGAGGACGCCGCCACUGGCACAGUGAUUGCUCUCCUUAGUGUAAGGGAUGAAGACCUUGGUCCCAAUGGUAAAGUCGCUUGUAGCAUGUACAGUGCAGGCCCCUUUAAGUUGACGGCUUCCUUUGGCAACUACUACAGCUUGCUGACUGAUGGGCCGCUGGACCGGGAGCAAGUCAGUGAAUACCAGGUUCUGAUCACUGCCUCGGAUGGUGGCUCACCUCCACUUAGCACUCGCAGGACACUGACUGUGUCAGUUGCUGAUGUGAAUGACAACACACCAAGCUUUCUUAAAUCGAAACAGGAACUUUUUGUGGCUGAAAACAAUGCCCCUGGGGCCUCCCUAGGACAUGUGUUUGCCCAGGACCCAGAUCUGGGGAAGAAUGGCCUUGUCUUCUAUGAGCUGUUGGAUAUUAUCUCUGAAGGGCAGGCAGCCUCUAGCUUGGUGGCAGUAGAUUCACCCAGUGGGGCUAUCACUGCCAAAAUUUCCUUUGACUUUGAGCAGCUCAGGGGGUUUCACUUUCAAGUGGAAGCCCGGGAUGGUGGCUUUCCUCCCAGAAGUUCAACAGUGACUGUGAACUUGUUUGUGGUAGAUAGGAACGACAAUGCUCCGGUCAUCUUGUUUCCCUUGUCCAAAAAUGGCUCUGUCCCAGUGGAAAUUGUGCCCCGCUCUGCCAGAACAGGACACUUGAUCACAAAAGUGGUAGCAGAGGAUGCAGACAGUGGCUCCAAUGCUUGGCUUUCCUACUAUAUCUUUCAGGCUUCUGACUCAAGCCUUUUCAGAAUUUCAGCCAACAUGGGAGAGCUCCGUACUGCUCGUUUAGUUCUUCCCUCUGAUGCAGUUAAACAGAAGGUGGUGGUGGUGGUCCAGGACCGUGGAGACCCAUCCCUCUCCGCCUCUGUCUCACUGAGCGUGCUGUUGAGCAGCUCUGCCCCUCAGGUCCUUCCAGACUUUGAAGAUGGCUGGGAAACAGGAGGGCACCUUUCUGCCCAGAACCUGUAUUUAACAGUUGCCCUGGCCUGUAUUUCCUUUUUAUUUCUGGGGUGCUUACUUUUCUUUGUGUGUAGCAAGUUGAGCCAGAGUGCAGGUUGUUGCACUCAGAACUGCUGUCACUCUCCAGAGGAGCUGAGGUAUGGAAGCAAGGUGGCUUCAAAUCCUUGCAUGUCAUCAGCCACAAUAGAUGUUACUGCAGUCGAAAGACUUUCUCAUACUUAUCUCUAUCGGGCCUCCCUGGGACUUGGUUAUGAUAAUAACAGUUUGCUGUUUCAUGGGGAAUACAGUGCUGCUGACCUGAGAAAUCUGGCCUCUGGAGUAAGACUGAAUGUGCCAAUAUCCUGUAUCCAGAUUCGGAAUAGGAAGGGGGAUCAUGCAAAUGUCAAUGCCAUGCCACGACAGCCCAACCCUGACUGGCGUUACUCUGCCUCCCUGAGGGCAGGAAUGCACAGCUCUGUGCAUCUGGAGGAGGCUGGCAUUCUCCGGGCUGGUCCAGGGGGACCCGAUCAGCAGUGGCCAACAGUAUCCAGUGCGACACCAGAACCAGAGGCAGGAGAGGUGUCCCCUCCAGUCGGGGCUGGUGUCAACAGCAACAGCUGGACCUUUAAAUAUGGACCAGGCAACCCCAAACAAUCUGGUCCCGGUGAGUUGCCAGACAAAUUCAUUAUCCCAGGAUCUCCUGCAAUCAUCUCCAUCCGGCAGGAGCCUACUAACAGCCAAAUUGACAAAAGUGACUUCAUAACCUUCGGCAAAAAGGAGGAGACCAAGAAAAAGAAGAAAAAGAAGAAGGGUAACAAGACCCAGGAGAAAAAAGAGAAAGGGAACAGCACGACCGACAACAGUGACCAGUGAGGUCAUCUAAUGGAAACAAGCCACUUAGCCAAUUUUGUAAUAAUGGCAGAUCUCUCCCAUGUAGCAACUCCCUACUCCCUUCUCCUGUCCACACAGACCCUCUCUUAUAGACCUCAGAAAUCUGCAGAAAGUUCCCUGUGUCUGUCUAGAUCACAUUUAACAGGUUUUUGUCUUAAAAGCUUUGCUAAGUCUGGUGUUAACUCUUUCUCUCCACUCUGGCUUGUUUGCAGAACCUAAAAAGCAGACCCAAGUUUCCUUUCUCCUCCGCCGCAAAGGAGAGGCUUCCCAGCCCCGCCAGUGAGAGGUUGGACUCUCUGCCCUGUGCUCCGGGGAUCCUGUCUUGAUGACACUUAAAGGGCAGGCUGAAAGGUUUUGAGAUUGAGCAGCUUGAGUGUCUGUGGCUACUGGGUAUGUGUGGCCACCGGGGAUAGGUGAGUGUCAGAUGUUGGCUGGGAUGGGCCAGGUUAGACUAGGAGGGUUGGGAAACAAAGGCAAAUCAACAGUGGGAAGUAUGAAAUGAAAAAGGACCAGACUUUCUAAAUCUUUACAACUCAAGAAGUGGUGGCCACCCUCUAGCAGACAAAAUUCCCUCCACUGACAAGGCUUUAGGAAUCCCUAAGUCUCUUGGCUGUGGUGUCAUUAUACCUAAAACCUGCAUUUUUACCUACAAGCCUGUAGUUCAGUGUUCCAUGGGGGGCCAACCAGGGCAGCAGAAGCAGAUCUGAUGUGUUUCCUGUAUAUGUCCUUGUGCUCACUUUAUUAAAAAUUCUUUUGCACACGAUGUUAUGAAAAGGUCAGAUCCUUUUCCAACAACACAUAUGCAAAAGCAAAAGAAAACCCCAACACCUCACUUUAUGCUGUUUGUUGUUUGAUAGAUUUAUUUAAAAAAGAGCAAAUCUAUAACUAUAAAUCUUUAAAGAGAAAUAUGAUUAAUACAACUCCCCUAAACUAUCCUCGAAAGAGAAUUCCGUCUACAGCCAUUUAAAUGAUCAUUGCUGCUACAGAAGUGCUUUAAGAGAACUGCCUGAAACAUCUGUAUUAUACCGGCCACCUGCCAAUCACAGCUUUACUCUUUCAGGUCACUCUGGGGCUGCCUCUUGCAUGUAUUAAUUACUAAAUAAAAGGAUCUUUCUCUCUCUCUCUUUUCUAAAAAACAAUUAUGUGCACUUUGAAUACACAACCUUCUCUAGCCAACUCUAUCAAGACCCAGAAAUUGAAGAAAAAUAUUGUUUUCUCGUACAUAACAGUGAGCAGACUUUUCAAUCCUCGAAUUCUGUGAUUUGUCUUGGAGUGCUAGCCAACACCUUCUCUUUGGUUUAGUUUUCCUUUUCUAUAACACUCUGAAUUGCUAAUCUUGCUAACACCUAUGAUAUUACCUGAACUCAAUCUCCCAUAUGUAUGCUGUAUGCUAUUAUAAGACUCCUGAAAUAUAUUUACUCUGUGCUUGUGUAUGUGAAUGUUAUUGCAACUAUUACCUAGAGUGAACUUUAAGCUUUAUUGUUGAAUGUAAUUCCAUUAUAUUUCCUUUUGUACACCUGUGAAAAAGUGGAGUAGUGUUUUUUUAACCAUUGUUAAUCAACUUUUGUGUAUGAAAGACACAGUAAAAUUUCUUUCUUAAAUCAAGAUACUGGUGAUUCAAGGAAUUUUAUUUAUGGUCAGCCAAGAGCCAUCUCUUGCCAAGACUCUGGCUGGCAAGGGAAUGGAUAAAGCUGUUUUUUUCUAGUAACAAUUCUGGAAUACAUACUGAAGAUAUUCCCUGAGGGUGUGUGCAAGCACAAAAUUUACCAAUUUGACCUCUUUGAAGCUGCAGAAUGCGUUGAAAUUCUAACAAUACCUGGAAUAUCAGCUCAUAGAAAAUAAUAAAAUUUACUGCCAACCUUAAAUAAGAAAUUUUAAUUUUGGUUAAAUGUACGGUUUAGAAGUUUGAUUAACUAUAUUAUAUUUUAAAAGUUAACAUAAAAGAGGUAGGAGUCUGUUAUUAAAGCAAAAGCAUUAAAUCUAAAAAAAAAAAAAACCAACCUGUUUUGUCUACUUUUAGCUUCAUUCUCCCAUUUUUUGAAGGGUGUGUAACUUCAGCUCUGCAGGAUUGCAUGGGGUAAAACUUCUUGCUAACACAUGUGAAUCAUUGCUACAUUGUAGGUUGUGAUCAUUUUGCCCCACUGAAACCCAUGUAUCUGACCUUACGUGCCUUUUGAAUACUAGGAGAAUUGGGCUAAUUUAUUAAUGAUGAUAAUUAUAAUGUAUGUGUACAGCACUUUUUACAUUUGCAAAGUGCUUUCCAAUCCAUGUUAGUUACUAGUUAUUACAGCUGUAAGGAUAAAACACAUCAUGUGGAUUCAUUUUUGAUUGGUGCUAUUGGUAUUUCCUCUGUAUUGCUAAUAAAUGGAAAAUGGUGGUA